CACAAAUGCACCAUCUAAUGCUCCUCUUCCUUUACUUCCCGGAAACACACACAUUCAUUCACCAAGAUGGCGACGUUGACAGUGAGCCGGCCACCUUUCAGCGGUUUCAGUUUCGAAAACUGUAAACGAAAUGCAGUACUGGAAGGUGAAGCUAACAAAGUGGGAUGCAGCUUCCCUGCUGCUCGAAAAACAGGAACAACCAUCUGUGGAGUUGUCUACAAGGAUGGUGUCAUUCUUGGAGCGGACACCAGAGCCACUGAGGGUAUGAUAGUGGCAGACAAGAACUGCUCCAAGAUCCACUACAUCUCCCCCAACAUUUACUGCUGUGGAGCAGGGACAGCUGCAGACACAGAGAUGACCACUCAGAUCAUCUCCUCCAACCUGGAGCUACACUCCCUCUCAACAGGGAGGCUGCCACGUGUGGCCACUGCCAACCGCAUGCUCAAACAGAUGCUCUUCAGGUAUCAGGGCUACAUCGGUGCGGCUCUGGUCCUGGGUGGAGUAGACUGUAAUGGCCCUCACCUUUACAGCAUCUACCCUCAUGGCUCCACUGACAAGCUGCCCUACGUCACCAUGGGCUCUGGGUCCCUGGCUGCCAUGGCAGUGUUUGAGGACCGCUACAAGCCUGACAUGGAGGAGGGGGAGGCCAAGCAGCUGGUGCGUGAUGCUAUCGCUGCAGGGAUCUUUAACGACCUUGGCUCUGGCAGCAACAUCGAUCUGUGUGUUAUCACCAAGGGCAAGGUGGACUACAUCAGGCCCUAUGAUGAGGCAAACAAGAAGGGGGUCAGAGUAAAUGAGAUUGAAGCCUUGCCGCUAACUGGUGACUACAAGUACAAAAAAGGAACCACCGCUGUGUUGACAAAGCUUGUAACCCCUCUGCCUCUGGAGCUGGUUGAGGAGUCUGUACAGACUAUGGAUACGUCCUAAAAUACUUAUGUGUUUCUUGAUUUAACUCUUCUUCACCAUCCCUUAAACAAAUGGCAUGUUUUUCCAUGAUUUGCAAUAAAAGUGUUUGAGUUGA